GUUCUCUCAAAACAGUCUAUAUGCUUCCGGUACAAGCCCUAGAUGGUGAAUCAAUGUUAUCGUUCUUCUUUCAUUCUAUCGCUGAUAGCUUCGUACUCUGGAUGUUGAUUUAUCGUUGAUUCAAUCUCUUACAGAUGAAUUAGACUCGUGAACAAGAGAACAGAGAUAAACAAUUAUUUCACUCACUGAAACUCUAAAACAUUGAUCUUCAUGGCUGCUAACUGUUCUACUGCUCCAACCAUUCAAUGGAAUUGGGUCAUCGAAGCCCUAGCGAAUUUUGAACAAGUAGAUACAUCUACUUUAAUUGGUCUAGUGAAAAUUGCUCCUGCGAUCUCAGGUGAUCUGGGGAAAGAUGCAAGGGAGGUGGUUUCUAUGAGAAUCUUGGAGAGCUUGUUUGUUCAUGGUAAUGAGGCUAUAGUUGAUGGUGAUUCUGCUCAAAGCACUAAAAUAAGUUUUGAUCCAUCAGAACGCUGUGAACACGUCCUUCAGCAGAUACUAAAUGAGCAGACACCUGAACCACCGGCUAAAUUGGAAAAAGAAAAAUGGGAUGUUCUUCCUUUCCUAAUGCAUAAAAGGUCUAACUUGCCUAAAUGUAUGUUGAAGAAGUUAAAGGAAGCGAUUCUUGAAAGUAGUCAUCCACUUCUUGCAUCAUUGAAAGAAAGGAGUAGAGUAAUCACAAAUGUAUCUGAAAAUACAAGUCCAGGGAUUGAUGGCAAUUCUAAUGUCCAAGCUUCAGUUAAGGAUGAUUUAGCUUUUUUGAACCCUAGAAAAGAUAAAAACAAAUUUCAAGAAAAGGUAUUGCAAGGGGCUGAUCAAGUAGAAAAAACUGCUGGAGGAACUGCACAGCAUACCGGAAGGGAAGAAUGUGAAAUGGUUAUAGAGCCCCCUCUAGGAGGAGCCGCUGGAAAAAAGAUGAUGGAUCAUGAUGCACAUGCUGCAUCAGAGGCACUUCUACAUAGUUGUGAUGUCGCUAAUGCUCAGCAUGAUCAAAAGCAGCUUCAUUGUAAUGAUGACAAUUUGCCCCAAGAUACACAUAGGGAGGGACAUGACGAAGGGGUACCAGUUGAUAGCAUGGAAAAUUUAGAGUUUGUUGUUAAAUAUAAAGUCCCCAAGAACAGUACGCAACCAAAUGCUUUGGAUGGUGAACCCUCCAGCAUAGCGAAAAAUUUCAUGGCACAUGAUGGUCGACUUGAAACAAGUACUGAUAGUGAAAGAGCUGAUGACGAGAACACUGAUAUUGCUGCUAAGAAAGAAGCCUUUUUAAACUCUCAAUGCACUCUCAAUCAGGAUUCCUUGGCUAUGACUGAAUUGUCAGAGAUAAAUCUUUGUAUGAAAUGUAAUGAAGGUGGUCAGUUGUUAGUUUGUAGUUCUGAUGCCUGCCCAUUACGAGUUCAUGAGAGCUGUUUGGGCUCUGCUGUCACACUUGAUGAAAAUGGGGAGUUCUUCUGCCCAUUUUGUGCUUAUUCUCGUGCAAUAUCCAAGUACCUGAAAGCUAAGAGAAAGGCUUCCCUGGCCAGAAAAAAUCUACAAGCUUUUUCUAGCUUCACAGUCAACAGUAAACCAAACAAGUCCUGUAUUAAACACAGUGAAUUGGAGAUAAAUGAAGGCAGAGAAAUGGGAGCUUUUGGUGAAACAACCAAUGGAAAUGGCAAUGGAGAUACUGUCAGUAGAGCUGACAACAUAAAUCGUAUGUCAAUUAAAGAAGAUUCUACCCGAGCUGAUCCUUUGAUGCCAAUUGUUAAUGAUGAUCCGUCUUGUGGAGAAGAGGAAGCAGUUAUAGCCAGUGCAGAUAAUUCCGUGUUACCUGAUCUAGAUAAAGGGGUGUCCGUAGCCGAUCAAAGUAUGACAGAAGCUGAAGAGGUGAGGCAAAAUGUGGGCGAAGGGUGCGAAUCUCCUACAAGGAUGGAAGAACAUCAGCUUUCUCCGCAAGCUAUUACUGAUUGUGGACUUAAGACCCCCUCUUUCGAUGGCAAUGAGAUUGAUCUUGUUAUUGGUGAAUGUGCUGAUAUGCAGCAUAUACAAACUGGUUGCUUGACUCAGCAAACUACCGACUUGCCACAGAAUCCAAUACCCCAACCAAGUACUCCAAAACAGAAAUGCAAGGAAAAAGAAAGUCAUAGGUCCGUUGAGUCUAGUUGCUCAAGAAGACUCCGCAAGAGGAAAGUGCAACACACCUCUUCAGCAGUUCCUUUAUCAAGGCGAAAAAUACUCCCAUGGACGAAAUCAGAGGAAGAAACACUGAAGGAAGGCGUGCAGAGAUACUCAAGUGUUAAUAAUAAAGGAAUUCCUUGGAAGGAGAUCUUAGAUUUUGGAUGCAACGUGUUCCACAAAGGCCGUACACCUAUAGACCUAAAAGACAAAUGGAGAAACGUAUGCAAAGGAAGCCCCAACCUAAAAUAAAAGGUUCCUACAAACGGAUGCAAGACAGAUGAAGCGGGUCUCAUAGUCAUCUACAGAUGAGAACUGGGUUCAAGGGUUUUUGGGUGAAAGGUAUUUAGAUUCAGCCCAGCCUCGAUUGUGUGGCUGUGGGUAGCAGCUUGAGCGUUAUCAUCCUUGGUACCAGCUAGUUGUUUGGUUGUUGGAUGAGACAAACUCAAUUAAGUACAAGGAUCUGCUAAGAUUUUUUAGAUGAAUUCUCUUUUGUGGCUGUCGUUUACUAUAUAAAAAAAUUAUACUUUCAUAGAAAAACGAUACUUGUUUUCUAUCGUUUAUUUAUGUAUGUAUAUCAAGUACAAUUGUUGGAAGCAAACAUUUUGAUAGAAUCCAGUUUUAUCUUUGCCAC